UUCUCUCCAGCUUUCACCUUUUUCCUCCCUGUUUUAUUUUAUAACUUUAGCUAAGUAAAAGUUUUUCUCAUCUAUUUUCCCAAGGUCUUGCAAGCAAGCAAAGCUGAAGCCUUUACCAUUCUUCAACAUAUAAUAUACACUCUUCUCUUUUUUCUUACCAGUCCUACCUCACCACACUCUGUCUCUCUCCUCCUUCUUCUUCUCCCUUUCUUUUGAGUCUCCAUUGUUAUCUCUUUCCAAGCUUUCUCCUUCAUUACUUGCUCUUUUCCCCAGGUAGACAGAAAGGUAAGGCCUUUGAACCCAAAGAUUUGCAUUUUCAACAUUUUCUUUCCAACGGUCAUAUAUUUUUAAUUUCUCCUUUUGUUCUGUGGAUAUGCUUUCUUGGGUUUUGGUGGUUCUUGUUGUCUUGAACUUUCAUGAUGAUGUGACUUGUUUGAACAAUGAAGGGUAUGCUCUCAUAUCGUUUAAGCAGUCCAUCUACGAGGACCCUGAAGGGUCUCUAAGUAACUGGAACUCUUCUGAUGACAACCCUUGUUCAUGGAAUGGGGUUACAUGCAAGGAACAAAGGGUUGUUUCUGUUAGCAUUCCAAAGAAGAAACUCUAUGGGUUUCUUCCUUCUUCUUUAGGCUUUUUAUCUGAUCUUCGCCAUGUAAAUUUGAGGAACAACAAAUUCUUUGGGACUUUGCCUGUUGAGCUCCUUGAAGCUCAAGGGUUACAGAGUUUGGUUCUUUAUGGGAAUUCCUUAUCUGGGUCUUUGCCUAAAGACAUAGGGAAGCUUAAAUAUCUUCAAACGUUAGCUUUGUCUGAUAAUUUCUUUAAUGGGUCCUUACCCUCAUCAAUUGUUCAAUGCAAGAGACUAAAGACCCUUGAUCUCAGCCGGAACAAUUUCACCGGUUCUCUGCCAGAUGGGUUUGGGACUGGCUUGGUCUCUCUUGAAAAACUUGAUCUCUCUUUCAAUAAGUUCAUUGGUUCAAUUCCUAGCGAUUUGGGAAAUCUGUCUAGUUUGCAAGGAACUGUUGAUCUGUCACACAAUCUUUUCGCCGGUCCCAUUCCGGCUAGCCUUGGAAAUCUUCCUGAGAAGGUUUACAUUGAUCUUACAUUUAACAAUUUGAGUGGGCCAAUACCCCAAAAUGGUGCUCUAAUGAACAGAGGACCUACUGCAUUUCUAGGGAACCCUGGGCUUUGUGGCCCUCCUUUGAGGAACCCCUGUUCUUCAGAUACUCCAGGUGCAAAUUCACCUUCGUCAUAUCCGUUUUUACCUAGUAAUUACCCACCCGGAAGGUCAGAUGACAAUGAAAGUAAAUACGAGAGAGGGAGAGGACUCAGUAAAGGAGCUGUUAUUGCUAUAAUAGUGAGUGAUAUAAUUGGAAUAUGCCUUGUUGGAUUGCUAUUCUCCUUUUGUUAUUCAAGGAUCUGCCCAUGUAGUAAGGAUAAAGAUGACCAUGGCUAUGGUUUUGAGAAGGGAAGGAAGGGAAAGGAGUGUUUUUGCUUCAGAAAAGACGAAUCAGAGACUUUAUCAGAAAACGUAGAGCAAUAUGAUCUUGUACCACUGGAUACACAGGUGGCAUUCGAUUUGGAUGAGCUGCUUAAAGCUUCUGCUUUUGUUUUGGGGAAGAGCGGCAUCGGUAUUGUGUACAAGGUUGUGCUUGAAGAUGGACUUUCCUUAGCUGUGAGAAGAUUGGGUGAAGGAGGCUCGCAGAGGUUUAAGGAAUUUCAGACUGAGGUAGAAGCUAUUGGAAAGCUGAGGCAUCCUAAUAUUGUUACUCUAAGAGCAUAUUAUUGGUCAGUUGAUGAGAAGCUUCUCAUCUACGAUUACAUGCCUAAUGGAAGUCUUGCCACUGCAUUGCAUGGGAAGGCGGGAAUGGCAUCAUUCACACCAUUAUCGUGGUCUGUUAGACUUAAAAUCAUCAAGGGUGUGGCCAAAGGCUUGGUUUAUCUGCACGAGUUCAGCCCCAAAAAAUAUGUUCAUGGAGAUUUGAAGCCGAGUAAUAUAUUACUUGACCAGAACAUGGAAGCCCACAUUUCUGAUUUUGGACUUGGACGGCUUGCCAAUAUUGCUGGAGGGUCUCCAACCACACAAUCUAACCGAAUACCUUCAGAUAAACCGCUAGAGAGACUACAAAAGAGUGCUUCCUCCGAAGCUGCUCCACUCUACUCGAACUUGGGAUCUUUUUACCAAGCUCCUGAAGCCCUGAAAGUGGUGAAACCAUCACAGAAGUGGGAUGUCUACUCAUAUGGUGUAAUCUUGCUAGAGAUGAUCACGGGAAGGUCACCCGUGGUUCAUGUAGGUACCUCAGAAAUGGAUCUUGUUAAUUGGAUCCAGCUAUGCAUUGAAGAGAAGAAACCACUUUCAGAUGUUUUAGAUCCUUACUUAGCUCCCGAUGCAGAUAAAGAGGAAGAGAUAAUUGCAGUUCUCAAGAUCACAAUGGCUUGUGUGCAUAGCAGCCCCGAAAGGAGACCAACUAUGAGGCAUGUCUUGGAUGCUUUGGACAGGUUGGUCUUAUCAACUGAUCAAAACACCAACUAAAACCAAGGACCUGGUUAGUUGAGUUCCACUUGAACUGAAACUUUUUAGGUGUAUAACAAAUUGUGGCAGUGGAUAGCAACAAAGGAAUGUUAAUGUCUCUAUUUUAUGUAGGAUGAUGCCCUUGUUUAUGGCAAGGGCUAGGUGAUGGUAGGUCUGCUACAAAAGCUACCGUGAGUUUUUUUUAACUGCUUUGUGCUUGUGCAUGAAUUGACCGUCUGUUAUAGUAAUACAGUGUAUGUGGUGGGUGUUUUUUUUUUCUUGCUCUUGUAGCAGACCUUUUUGUCCCUUGUUUUUUUCUUGGUCAGUGAAAGUUGAUUAUCUUAAUUGUUUUCAUUUCAA